AUGCAGGCAGUCCAAGGUCGGUUUGGCCGGCCGGUCGGUCGCGUCCUGAUCAUCGGUGCGGCAGAAGCAACUCAAGAAUAUGUAAUAUUCGAGGUAUCUUGCACAUUGGAGCAUGCAGUGCAACACGGGAGGACAGAAGCUCGCACCAAAGGACGGCAGGCGGUGGCGAUCCAUUUCAGCCUCGGAACAUUCCUGUCUCGCGGACGUAGCGGAGACAAAUUGGUGCCUUACAGU